AUGCCCAACGCGCAAGUUUCCGACGCGCAAGCAGAUGCUUUGCAAGAGUUUACUGAUCUUUGCUCUAAAGAUGGCCUGCUAAUCCGCCCCCAAGGUCUUGACGAGAAUGACAUGCUUAAUGGGCUGACGGACAAGGCGACUCUUCUCCGAUUUUUGAAAGCUCGGAGUUUUGACGCACAAGGCGCUUUGAAGCAGUUCAAAGAGUCUGCUGCAGCGCAUAAUAACAAUCACAUUGUCGAGCUAUAUGAUGAGAUAGAUGUGAAUGACUUUGAAGAAAUUCGAUCAAUUUAUCCUCACUGGUCCGGCCGUUUCAAUAAACACGGUAUACCUAUUCUUGUCUUCGACGCCGUGAAUCUGAACAAUGCAGCUAUAAAGUCUUAUGAGCGAACACGAAAUCUUAAACCAGCAGUUAGUGAGAUAUCCCCUGCAACUGAAAAGCCGGUUGCGGCAUCACUCAGCGGUUCCCAAAGGGCCUUAAUAUACCAUGACUACAUAACUCGGUUUCUGUUCCCACUUUGCUCAAGAUUGACACGCAAACCGAAAAUUGACGGGAAUGAAACCAGCCAUUGCAUCUACUUGGUCAACAUCGCCAGCGUGACUUUAAAGCAGGUAUGGGAUCUGCGGAACUAUGCGCAAGAUCUCAGCCGUUUACUGGCCAUCAAUUACCCAGAAGUGGUUGAUCGUAUUUAUGUCUUGAAUGCUCCAUCCUACUAUAACACCAUAUGGGGCUUGAUCAAAAGAUUCAUUGAUCCAGUUACAGCAGAAAAGAUGGUGAUCGUGUCACCAAACGAAGUCUUGGAAACUUUGGCCGAAGACAUUGACUUGGAGAAUAUUCCUAAAGUUUUCGGUGGGGAAUUUGAUUAUCAGCAUGCCAUGUUGCCAUCAAUCGCCAAAGAGUUAUGGCAGAACAUUAACUGGAACGAUCCCGAGAGCACCGGAACGAUACCCCCGGGUCCGAUCAAGUGGGUUCGCGAUGGUGAGAUAGAGAAGGCUGUUGCAGUGGGUAGAGAUGAUGGGAUUGCAAGGCGACUCGAUAUCCUGUCGAUGUCGGCCGAAGCGGGGAGUACAGUGACUGAAGAAUAG